AUGUAUGGUAGACACGGUUACGGUGGAUAUCCCUCAAGUUAUGGUACGUCAUUUUCAGAAGCAAGAAGCGAUGCGUGGAUUAAUGCAAAUAUCCCAGGAGGAGUGAACAGUGUUCUCGGUGAACGAUUGGAUAACUUUAUGGGCGGAAAUCCAAAUCCAACAUUUGGUCAAGUGUACGGUGGCGAAUUUGGUGUAAAUGGUUACGGAGGUGGAUAUGGUUAUUCAAGAUGGUAA